GACCAAAAAUACUUGGUAGGAUUUUGUGUUUUUGCAGUGAAUCCUGUCUCUUGGUUUGUCAUAAAGAAAAUCUAAGAGGAAACAAGAGAACUGGUCAUUUGUUUGUGGCUAUUACAGAUAUGUGAGGAGUGUUUGCAUGCAGAUGUUUUGGGUAGCCCAUCAAUCAAAUUGGUUUUUUAAGCAAUUUGGUAUCAUUGGAUUUUUUUUUUAUUUUUUUUUUUUUGCCUUGUUUUGUUUUCCGACAUUGAUUUGUCAAUACAUACAAAUAGUACAAUUAAUUCUCAAACCCUUAAAUAGUCAAAGUUUCUCUUUCUGAAAAAUCUGUUAAUCAUGAAUACAGUCUGUGCUCCUUUGCGGUUUUUCUUGUUUGUAGCCCAAAUGAUGACAGAACUGCCUAUUGGGAACGUAAGCAGCUCAUAUUCAAAGUGAAAAAUAAUUGGAAAUCUUUCAAUUAACAGUAAACAUCACUAAAAUACCAAUUGUAUUUAAAUGCGAGAGUAGAUGGCAUUUCUGGUUCAGCAUGUCUCUUACAGAAGGUAUCUUGUACUGUUUGUAUGACUCUGCAAUCCGAAAGCUUUCCAACAUGUAGAUUACAGAACCUGUUUUAAGCUCUUGUUCUGAAACUUUUUAUGUGUCAAAUCCUCGUAGUGUGUUUAUACUUGAAAUUAUCCCUUUUCUUUCUCAUUUUGAGUCUGGCCAUCUUGUCAGUGCAUCAUAUAUCAAGGAGUUUCAUGGCUUUAUUUGAGUCAUACCUACAAUAUUCAGGCAGAUUUCAUUAUUUACUUUUAUCUUGUAAGAAAUUUUAAAUUGCAAAUAAAAUGAAACUAAUAUUUGUAUACUUUGUCUGUUUCAAGUCAUUUUUCAUUAUUCAUAUGCUAAACAAGUAGUGAGGUAUUUGAAAUAUAGUUUUUUUAACUUUGUAUCUUACUGCUAACAUUGGUUUCUCAUUGAAGUGGAAUAUUAUCCACAGUUCAUCUAUAAGUUAUUCAUAACCCUUGCAUUUUACUUUUCAAAGAUUCCAGUUUAAGGAGUCCUGACUGCACUUUUUGUCAUUAUUUCAUUUUAUUUAUUUGAAAACAAAUUAGCAUUUGCAGUACCAUUUUAUUUAUUUUUUUUUUGUGUAAAGCGAUAGGAAAGGGGCGGUAAAAGUAAAGUUCUACAAUAUUUAUUGAAUUGGACUGUGAACCUGAAUAAAUGUGAGUACAUGACUGCAUUAUACAGUAUAUAAAUGAACUGGGUAUAUUUACACGUAAAGAUGGUAAAUAUACUCCUUCGCCUCCUCGUCAUCCUUUCCGGCCAGGUCAUCCACCGGCUGACUGUCAGGGAGUGCCGCUGUCCAGCUGGGCGUGUCUGAGAUUAUGCAGGCGGAAAAGUCACACCGGUUUCUGCUCCUGUGAUUGCUGCUCAGACUGGACCCGACUGGGUGAACGUCUAUUUAGUCUUGACUGGCUCUGUUGCUGUAGUUUGUGUCCAUAGUUAUAAUGUAAGCAAAGUGUAGGAACUUCUUCAUACAGUCGUAUACGUAUGGGACGUUUUCAGCCCGGAUUCAUUCUUUAUGGCUUCUUUUAAUGUCCGAGCAGACGGCAUGUAUGGCUUUAAAAACGACGCUGCAGACAAUCUGGAGCCUGAUUUGGAGCAAGGCAAUGAAAGUCAUAUUGGGUUUUCUAAUCUGGAAAAUAACUUUCAUGGAAGUGGUGACAACGCAGACCUUCCUGAGGAUUACAGUCUAGAUGUGUCUUCAGCUCUGAAACGCACCAAACAGGAACAGGCGUGGGAUUUGCUGAGUCCUUUAUUAGACCUACACACUUGCCCUGAAUCUCAAAAGGAUGAUUCAUCUUUACCUGACGAGGGGAAUCUGGAAGAAGGGGAAGCAAGUUCAGAUGAGGAAUUGCAGAGUGUGACAUUCCAGUCAAAGUACAUCAAUAUUUGCCCUUUGUAUCAGGACUACUCCCUGCAGGCUAUCGGAGACGGGAUUCAAAGACUCAAAAGCGGGCUUUUGUCAGACCUGGGCAAAUCUGAGUCCGUUUAUGGUCUGUUUUCAUAUUUGAGGGCUAGCAACCAUUUAGAGAGCGAGUCUUCUUUUCUGACCCCUGUCUCGACUUCACCUACAUCUCCAGCUUUUUUUCACGGUCGGCGGUCUGCUUUGAGACGCCACAGCCACUUUGGAGUAGUAUCCCCUCAUCAGUCUGCUGAUUCAAUCUCAACCGAGUCUUGUUCUAAUGGACGAGCUUUUACCUUAAGCAUCGCAAAGCGUUUGGAGUUUGAGGAUCCAUCCCCAACUCAACCACCCAGUAUUAGAUUGACUUCUUGCACACUCUGGCAAGACUUGGAAGAGGUGAAAGCUUCUGGUCUGCCCAACAUCUUGACACCCAAAGAGAUUGACCUUCAGGAGUCCAUGUUUGAGCUGAUCGUCUCUGAAGUGUCUUACUUGAAGAGUCUCGGCGUCCUUGUCAACCAUUUCUACGCAUCUAAGGUGCUGAAGAAGACGAUGUCCACAAUGGAGCAUCAUACUUUGUUUUGCAACAUCCGACAUGUGAUGGAAGCAAAUACAAAAUUCCUUCUGGAUCUGGAAGCUCGACUGGGAGAGAGCCUGACCAUAUUUCAAGUUGGUGACAUUGUGCUGCAACACUGUGGAACCUUUAAGCGACACUAUGUCCCAUAUGUGAUCAACAUGACGUAUCAGGAGUCACUUGUCAACCAGCUGAUGCAGCAAAACAAAAACUUUGUGUAUGUUCUGAAGAAGCUUGAAAGGGACCCGGUUUGUCAAAAACAAGGACUGAAAUCAUUCCUGAUUCUCCCAUUUCAGAGAAUAACGCGUAUUAAACUUCUACUGGAGAGCAUCUUAAAAUUGACCGAGCCAGAUUCUGAAGCAGCUUCAAAUCUCUCAAAGGCCAUAAAAGGCAUCCAUGAGAUUGUGUUGGAGUGUGACCAGAAGGUGGAAAAGAUGAAACGCUUGGAGGAACUGAUCCGCCUGGAAACGUUGAUGGACUUUGAUGACAUUAAGUUGGUUCCUCUGGUGAAAAGCACACGCUUUCUGGUCCUCCACGGACCCCUGGACACUGUGGUGACCUAUGGGUCAAAACUGUCAACAGUCAGGAUCUACCUCCACCUCUUCAAUGACCUCUUGAUCAUCUCCUCAAAAAAGUAUGAACGCUUCGCUGUGCUGGAUUAUGCCGUCUUCCCUGAACAUGUAACUGUGUUGGCGAAUAAAGUUCUGGGACUUCCUGUGGAUUCUUUCCUAUUAAAUCUGUCUCAGAGUCAGAUAGGACCGCCAACUGCCAUUAUAUUGAUUGCAAGUAAAAGCUUUGAGAAAGAAGUAUGGAUAAAAGCACUUUCUAACAAGUGAUGGCUGGAUUUGGAUCAUUUUUUAAAUGGGGGGGGUGGGAUGCAUCUUGUUGGUUAUUUUGGAUUUUUUUAUUCUUUGGACUUGGUUCUUUCACACCAGUGCACAUUUUAAUUAUUGGCUCAUGGCACUCUUGGAGAAAUGUUCAACAUGAUGUUGGGAGUAUACAGGUGUCACCAUUUCAUUGGGGUUUAACUUUAAUGUAUUUUAUAAAUAAAACAUUUUAUGAGCUGGG